AUGCCAGAGAAUAUAAGUCUCCAAACUACGACUGAAACAGCUGGUUCAGCAACAAACAGACAUCCUCGUAUAAAUGACCCUCCACCACCUUACAAACGAGGGGAUCCGCCACCAGCAUAUGCAGAGAUAGAGUUCAAUUCACGAAGAGAUUUCAUCCUCGAAGUCAUUCCAGAGAGUCCAACGCCAUCGUUUCAAACAUCAUUGGGAGACACAUUCGCAAUUUACGAAAACCCAACUCUCGCAGGCUCCACUAGAGGAGGGCGCCAAGAUAAAUUCUCGAGGGUUUACUUGUGGCUUGUUCUAUUUCUCGGACUCGUUGCAUUGAGAUAUCUUUUCUUUACAUGGCAGCUAUCAAGAGUUGCAUCUAAAUUUGAUCAUCACGAUUCUCCCGAUUACUUUAUUUCGUGGAAAGAGGACCCUGAUUUGUUACAUGACGAGACUAAAACGAUUGUCGCUUCCGCCGGUUUCACUGCAAAUGCUGCUAGAGAUGCCUGUUCACAUAAUCCUUGUGAAUUCAAAUGCACACCGAUCGACGACGUCAAGUUCACCUGUUCCUGCCCUGAGGGGUACGACAUCGCUGCUUUCGAUAAAAAGCGCUGCGUCGAUAUCGACGAGUGCGCAAAUCUGGACUUAUCUCCGUGCUCCAAAGCCGAGAGUUGCUACAAUUUCGAUGGCGGUUUCGAAUGCGUCUGCGACAAAGUCAACACUGGAUUCAAAGAUGGAAAGUGCCAAUUCGAAGAUCCCUGCGAAAGCUUUCCUUGUGGAAAACUCAGAAAUUGCGUCUUGGAUGAAGAUAAUUCUCCCCGAUGCGAACUCAAUAUCCUUACUUAUUACAAAAAAGCUAAAAAUUUAAGUGAAAACAUUCGCGCCCGUCUUGGUUCAGCGCUGAAUCGAGGACGAGGUCGAAAUUUAAAGCGACUUCAAGUGGUCGAAGAUCAGUUCAGAAAAUAUUUGAUCGAAAGAAAUGACGAUUGUGAGUAUCAGGUAGAUGCGUUAGAGACGGUUCUCAAAUCGGUGGAGAGCAAGUUGGACCAUCUAUCCGAUGCCGAGGUGGAGGAACAUGUUUUCAUGCUGGAAGAAAUCUUUGGCGGCAAAAUGCUUUGCUUAGAUAGUGUAGGACACGAACUGGCGAUAGAAAUGAAGAUUGAUAGGAAAAAGCACGCCAAUAAUUAG